GAACAGCUUGGACUGAAAAAAGGAUGAAGCAAAAGCAGGUUGUUGUUGUUGUCUCCUUCCUCCUUCCCCUCCUUGCUUUCCUCACCAACCUUCCCUUAGCUUUCUCAGAUGAUGCUACUGAGCGAGUUCUGGACGUAAUGGAGAACCCUCUUGAAACAGAUCGCCAAUACUACAUCUUACCAGCAAUCCGUGGUGGUGGAUUGAAACUUGCCAAAACUGGCAACUCAGAGUGCCCACUUACUGUUUUGCAAGAUGCAUCACCACAGUUCAAUGGCAUGUCCAUCAAAUUCAUCACAGCUGGAGACAGCUCUGAAAUCCGCACAGGUACCAACCUGGAUAUCGAGUUCGUAAAUAAGCCAAAAUGUGCAAAAUCGGGCAAAUGGGGGGUGUUGUUUGACAUACAAAUCUACGGGCCUUGUGUGGUAAUUGAUGGUCCUAAUAGCAAAUUUCAGAUUGUGAAAUACGGAGCUGGGUACAAGCUUAUGUUCUGCUUCGAUGGCGGAUGUUUGGAUAUUGGGAGACUUGAUGCACAGAACGAUGAGGAUGGAAGACGCUUGACUCCGAGUGCGCCAGAACCCUUCGAGAUUGUGUUCGAAGAAGCUUUUGAAGAUAAUAACGUUAUUAAGUCCGUAGUUUGAAUUAAAUAUCUCAACGUGUUCAGUUAAUGCAAUUAUCAUAUGCUCUUUCUCUUGUGAUUUGCAUUACCUAAGUGAAUAAAAGAGAUA